ACUUCAACUAAAGGAAGUAAAAACACUUUAACUCUGCUCUCUUUCUCUCUCUGAUGUUAGUAAAAUGGCUGAGGACAGCAAUAUUUCAGUGGACCAUCUUCAGUUCAGCUGUUCAAUCUGCCUUGAUUUGCUGAAGGAUCCAGUAACUACUCCAUGCGGCCACAGCUUUUGUAUGGUGUGUAUUAAUGACUUUUGGGAUCAGCCUCUUCAGAAGGGGGUAUACAGCUGCCCCCAGUGCAGAGAGACGUUCAUGCCGAGACCUGUACUGCGUAGGAAUAAUGCUAUGGCUGAAGUUGUGGAAAAGCUCAAGUUGAAAGACAUAAGCGCCGCUUCUGCUACUUAUUACAGCUCAGAAUGGGGAGAUGUGGAAUGUGAUAUUUGUACUGGGAGCAGAGAAAAGGCAGUCAAGUCAUGUCUGGUGUGCCUGGCUUCUUUCUGUAAAACUCAUCUCGUGUCUCACUUCGAAUCUCCUGUUUUUAAGAAGCAUAAGCUGGUCCAGGCAUGCAAACAUCUUCAAGAUAAAGUCUGUGCGCGUCAUGACAAGUUGGUAGAUUUCUACUGUCGAACAGACCAGAAAAUCAUUUGUGCAUUGUGUAUGUUGGAUGACCAUAAAGGCCACAAUGCCACAUCGGUUGCUUCGGAAAGAACCGAAAAACAGAAGCAGAUAAGAGACAUGCAGAGGAAAUCGCAGCAGAAAAUCCUUGAGAAGGAGAAGAAACUGCAAGACCUUAAACAGGCUGUAAACACUCUUAAGAGCUCUUCACAGGCAGCAGUGGAGGAAAAUGAGAGAAUCUUUACUGAGCUGUUUACCGUCAUUCAAGAAAAGUGUUAUGAGAUAACCGAGCUUAUCAGAGAGCAGGAGAAAGUUGAACUGGAUCAAGCUGUGGGACUGCAGAAGCAGCUGGAACAAGAGAUUGCUGACCUUAAGAAGAAAGACACUGAGCUGGAACUGCUAUUGGACACAGAGGACCAUGUGCAUUUCCUCCAGAGUUUUCAGUCCAUGUGUUCCACUCCUAAAACUAAGGACUUACCCAGGAUGACGAUCAAUCAACAUAUUUCUUUUGACGGCAUGAGGAAAAGUCUAUCUGACCUGAAAGAGCAAUUUGAGAAAUUCUGCAAAAAAGAAUUCAACAAAAUCAACCCAAAUGUUGCCAAGAUUCAGAUGAUUUUACCCAGUGAACCAAAGACCAGAGAGGAAUUUCUUCAGUAUUUUUGUCACCUGACCCUGGACCCUAACACGGCAAAUGAGGCACUAUGGCUUUCAGAGAAUUACAGGAAAGUGUCCCGCAGUGGGGGAUUAAACCAAUACCCAAGUCAUCCAGACAGAUUUGGUGGUUAUGGUCAGGUGCUGUGUAAACAGAGUGUAAGUGGACGCUGUUACUGGGAGGUUGAAUGGAGCAGGGGUGGAUGGGUGUACAUCUCAGUAUCGUAUAAAGGGAUCUGCAGAAAAGGACGUGGGAAGGAAUGCUGGUUUGGACACAAUGCUCAGUCCUGGAGUCUGGAAUGUAGCUCCACGUUGUCGGUCUGGCACAACGACGUUCAGACCAAGAUCUGUGGUCCGUUAUCAUUUAGAAUUGGAGUGUAUUUAGACCACAGUGCAGGAACUCUGUCAUUUUUCAGCGUCUCUGACACAAUGACUCUCCUCUACAGAGUCCAGACCAUGUUCACUGAGGCGCUUUACCCUGGUUUCUGGGUCAAUGCACUUGCCACUGCUAAGUUGUGUUACUCUGUAGAAUGACGAAAGCUUUUUCAUCCAUCUAAAUAUGUAUUAUGGGAAAUGUAUUAUGCAGUUGUGUAAAUCAUUGGUCCCCAACCACCGGGCCGCAGACCGGCACCGGUCUAUGGGUCAAUUGUUACCGGGCUGCACAGAAAGAAAACUUACAUAACUUACAAUUUUUUCCGUUUUAUUUAUUAUCUGAUUCUGAACGAUGAUUUACCUUCAUCCACUACCUUCUUAAAAGGGAUUGCUCCAGCCGGUAAAACAUUUACCGCUAAAUUGAAACCCCCAAACUAGAAAAAUUUACAAAAAACAACACAGUGGAAUCACAUUUAUUAUUAUAUUUAGAAAAUACCAGUUUUUAUGCCGAUCGUAUCAUUUUAUUUUGUUAUAUUUAUCCGCCACACCUUAAAGGCCGGUUUGUGAAAAUUUUGUCUAACAUUAAACCGGUCCGUGGCGCAAAAAACGCUGGGGUCCGCGGGUGUAAAACACAUGCUUUGUAAUUUAUUAUUUAGUUGUGUGUCAUAUAGAAAGCACAGUGGAUGCAUGCACGGAAAUACUUUAUAAUUUAUAAUGCAAAUAAAAAAGAGCUGGUAACAAGUAACAAAAACACAUGAACAUAAAAAAAAUAUAUAAUGUAAACAAGAAACCUAAGGUGAAAAACAACCACAACCAACAUUGUGAAGCCAGUAUUUAAGUAAGUAAGUGGGUCACUGCUUAGUUCUGGGCUAACAAUUGUAAAAGUUGUUCAAAUCCUGUUUAUAUUAAUAUUUAUUUAUUUCGUAUGUAAGUUAUUAAUGCAGCCUGUAGAAAUAGUUUUUUGUUUGUUUUAUGCCUAUAGUUUUUGUUUGUUUGUUUUAUGCCUAUAUUAAUUCUGGAAGAGAAUUUGUUUUUGUGCUACAAGUCAAAUGAUAUGAAAGUGUGUGUGUGUGUGUGUGUGUGUGUGUGUGUGUGUGUGUGUGUGUCUGUGCUUUCUUUUAUGUUAGCAAAAUGUGUAUUUGGUUUUGUAUUUGUAUUUU